GGAGUUGCUAGCAAAAUUGUAUGUGAAGCCCAGGUUUUUUGUAAUUCCAUCAAAAUGUCCAUCGUCCUUGAUGUUAUCCAACAAGUUGUGUUGCAGAAAGCUUACGAUCUAACAUGCGAGGCAGCCAUUUUAGCCUUGAGAAAAUGUGGCAAAGUGACUGAAAAUAGAGGAUGGUAAAUCGAAAGCAAAGCGUGAAAAGCCUCUACCUCCGGUCAAGCCUAUUUCCCAGGAAGCGGUUUCACCAAUGAAAGCUCCAACGAUUCCCGAGGCUAACACCAUUCCAAAAUAUACGGGACGGGACAUGCCUCGAAAGAACUUUGGCUCCAUCGAUCCCCCCCAAUGCUCCUGCAUGCGUGUGUGCCGAGAUAGUUACUUCUCUUAGACGAAAAAGAACGCUUAAAAACAAUUGCAACUUUAAUAGAAUAGGAAUAGCAAAAUUUCAAGGGACCUCAGGCAUCGAAUCUCAUUCCAUCUUGUAUCCGUACAAUUAUCAAACGUAACACUAAUAACAGUUUUUGGUAGCAACUAACAGGUUUGAAUAUGAGUAUUUACGGUGGUUUAGGCCACGUCUGCUCCCAAGGAGUGCAGAUCGUACAGGACUUCCAAAAUGGCAGCAACACUCCAGGCCUGCGUGCGACAGGAGUCACCGCAGUAGGAGCCAUUAUCGUUGGUCAACUCGGGCAAUCCGCGCCAAUGGGAUGUCUGUAGCUCUCGGAGAUGGGCCCGUAGUAUGGCCCAGGUCUCGGCAAUGGUCUCGUCCAAAUGGCCACACUUUUUGGCGAAGAUCAGGCGCGCCCGCAGGUAAAAACCGAUGGGCCAUACCCACUCCGGCCCCUGGUGGUAGUUUGCGCCAUGGGCUACAGUGCAAUCGGUGGAGUCAUUUGAGUUGUCAUAGUUGGCCCUAUAGUUCCAGUCCUCGGGAUCCAUCGUCUUCAUGCCCAGCGGUCCCAGAAGAUACUUUUUGGCGCGCUCCAGUGCACGCCAGGCAUUCUGAGGAUUGCACAGGUCGGGAGCCACGGUCAAGGUGAUGGGGAAGUUGCAUCGCAGCUGGUAGUCCGUCCAACUCUGGGUGGCUCCAUAGCUGUCCUUGUAGAUAAGCUUCUUGUUGGCCACCGAGCAGGUUUCCGAUUCGGAUACAAAGAAAUACUUGUCAAAGUUGUUCUUGAUGCGAUCCGCCCACUCCUUGUAGCUCCACUUGGUCACUUCGCCCGAUGGACCCUUUCGUUCCACGCCGGUGUACGGGAUAACCUCCUUUUCGGCUAGGCUUUGCAUAAACCGGAGUACGGCAUACUGGAGGCCAACGAGCUCCACGGCUGAUCCGUCGCGCGGCGUACUUGGACGUCCCUUGUUUCCGGCCUUCUGUGAGGAUCCCAUUUUGUCCAUCCAAGUGCCGCAGUUGAAGUUAUUGCCUCCGAAUACAAAGCCAGUCUCCGGGUGAAUUCCGAUCUGAUUGUUAAAGCCCUGGUCCACCAUGUGCGCAUCGAUCUCAUAGCCUGCAUUGCGCUCCCUAUACUGCAAGCCCUGAAAAUGCACCUGCAGUGCCUCCUGCAUCACGUCGAAGAGAAGUUGGUCGAAGGCACCUGGAGCAUGGGCAUCGGCAUCGUCGUACGGAAAUAUGCGGGACACCUUGUCCUUCAGGAUCUCGGCACCCUUGGGGGCAUCCUCCACAUACUGCUUGAUGCAGUACAUCCACCACCAGAUAGCAUCGCGGCAGUUGAAUCUCGGCUUGCUGCCGCUGUCCAAAAGAUUCGGAAUGAGUCCGUGUCGAAGGGUCUGACCAAAUCCAAUGAUGAUGAAGCGAGCCUCGUUGUAACGGCCAGUGAGGAACAUGGAGCCACGCAGAGCGAUGAAGGUAUCACGGCCCCAGCACCGCAUAUAGCCUACAUAAAUGGUUGAAUAUUCCAUUAUUCCGUUUCGAUUGUUAAAUAUAAUAGAUAAACUCACCCGUUGAGAAAUGCGGCAGACCAGCAGAUAGAGUCACACAUUGCUUUGGAGGCUUGGGUGGACUUAGAGCAGGACUGAAUCCCGGCAGAUUGGCCGACUUGCAAACGGAGAGGAACUGCAACGUGGACAGGGCCAGGGAUUGUGGGAAACUGUGGCCAUUCUUAAUGAAGCUGUAAAAAUUAAAGACUUAAUAAAAACUCCAUGAAUGCAGUCGGCUCUAAUGG